AUGGAGACGAGUGGCAACGAAAAUUUAGCAGAAGAAAUGGAGAUGACUAACAGUGGCGAUGAUAUUGGUGGGGAGGCAGAUGAAUUACAUCAAGAAGAGCAUGAUGAAAUGGUUGAAAAUAUCGAGUCUGAUGAAAAUAUCGAAGUAGAUGGAAAUAAUCUAAAAAUUGGAUUAUUCGUACAAAGGUCUUCGGCUGAUGGGAUAAAUUUAAUCCCUGGAUUGCAAAAGAAAAUUUGGACUCCACCUGACGGCUACAGUUUUCCCGCAUCGGGCCCUAGAAAUUUGAAGUUCCAACGCUCUUGGCUCCUGACAUACUCAUGGCUGGCGUACUCGGAGAGAGAAGACGGUGCAUUUUGCAAAUGCUGUGUCUUAUUUUGUGCUCGAGCGGGAGGGGUUGGUCGCCAAACCUUGGGCCAGUUAGUCACGAAUCCAUUGAGAAACUGGAAAAAAGCACUGGACACUUUCGAAAAGCACAAUGCAUCAGAAUAUCACAAGAGAAGCCUGUUGCAAUGGAGCUUGAGACUGAAAAUCGAAGACGAAAAUGCUUUAUCCAUUGAUUUACAACUUUCGAAACAAAAACUUGACUUUAUAAAUGAAAAUUUCACUGGAAAAGGAAUAGGAACUUCUUAUCUCAAUUUCUUGGAUUCUUCCGGACUUAAUUGCACAUAUUUUCUCGGACAGGGAUAUGAUGGCGCGAGAGCGGUUAGCGGAGAAUUCCAUGGAGCCCAAGCUGUUGUCAGAGAGCGUUAUCCACUCGCGCUCUACUCCCAUUGUGCGGCUCACAGCUUUAAUUUGGCAGUCAGCUCUGCAUGCAAUAUAACAGCAAUCAGAAAUUGUUUGGGAACCCUCGAAAGCAUUCAUACUUUCUUCAUCUAUCCGAAACGCCAAAAUGCUCUUCAAGAUGCGAUCAAUGAAGAUGAGACGCUACGUGAAAGUCGGUUGAAGAAAUUGAAAAAAUUUUGCAAAACCAGAUGGGUAGAGCAACACGAGUCUGUCGCAACUUAUCUGCACUUACAACCAGCAGUAAUUCGCGCUCUUGAUGUGAUUUCGACCACCUGGAAGGAUCCGACGACUUCAUCUGGAGCUUUCCAACUUCUUUCAGCAAUAAAAACUGCAAAUUUCCAGAUCUCCAUGCAUAUUUUGAGCUCAGUACAUUCUUUGACUUUGUCUCUCAGUCGAGUACUUCAGUCCGAAAACCAGGAUCUUGGCGAGGCUAUCGAACUGGCUGAUGCUGCGAAACAAGUCCUGCUUGAAAGAAGAGAAAACGCCGAAAAGGACUUCAGAGGAAUUAUCAAAACCGUGAGCGAAAUCAGCGCAAAAUACGACAUCGAACUGCGGAAACCAAGGCUCGCGUCAAAACAGACUCAACGCUCCAACGUACAAACUGAUUCAGUUCAAGAUUAUUUUCGCAUAACGAUUUACAUCCCAUACAUUGAUUUGUUUCUGACCCAUAUACAAGAUCGAUUUUUGAAUCACCGCAAAAUUUUAUCAAACUUUGCUUGCCUCUUCCCCAACAAAAUGAAGAAUUUCAAUGAAGAAUCCUGCGCUCAACUGUUUGAACCAUACUCUUCAAUUUUGCGGGAUGAUUCCCGUGACAUCUGGGUAGACGAAGUCAAACUUUGGCGUCAACGCAUCGCCGGAAAGAACGUUAAAAAUUCGCUUGAAGCACUCGAUGUGUGCAAUGGAGAUGCAUUUCCAAAUGUACAUCAAAUGCUUCGCAUUUUGGCAGUUCUGCCUGUAACGACAGCAACGAAUGAACGCUCCUUUUCAACAUUGCGUCGCCUCAAAACUUACCUCAGGUCAACAAUGUCUGAAGAUCGGCUGAACGGAUUAGCUUCGCUCAAUAUACAUCGCGAUGUCGAGGUCGAUCCGCAAAGAGUUUUGGAGAAGUUUUUUUCUACACCUCGCAGAGUUAAUUUAUUAUAUAAUAACUGA